UAGUCAUUUCGUGUUCACUGCCAAAGAUGGUAGCAAUUGUUGUAUAAAGUUACAGUUAAGAAAGCAAAUUCAGUGCAAAGAAAUCAAAAAGUUUAAAUAUAUAAUUUCAAGUGCAAUCUCUUGCUUUUCCACUUGAUCCAUAUUGCGGAAAAUGCACUGAGGAUGUGGAGAUUUAUUGUAAUUGCUGUGACACUCUUCAUCCAACACGUUCACGGGGUCAAUUUGGUGGCCUACAUUUCACAAUUUGGUCUCCACGGUGAGAUACAUUUCUCCCUAUCGAGUGACUACAAGAGGAUUCAGAUUGAGACACGCCUGGAGACAACACUUCAGUAUCCUGAUCAAAUAUGGAGCUGGAGUAUUCAUUUGCUACCGGUGGACUACAGUGAUCCCAAUCCCAGACGUCGCUGUGAAGCCAAGAAGCUUGGAACGCAGAUCCUCUUCUUUGACGAUGCUCUCGGGUACUUAACUCUACCCGGGAAUGAAACAUCGAAAUGGCAAACAGAAUUCACAUUAACUGGAGAUCGAGGACUUUGGGGGAAGUCACUUCUACUGAGUAAUCCCAAUACGGGUUUCCGUAUCUGUGCAACUAUCACUACGAGGGAUUCAAGCUUAGAGCACAUUGCUGAAGCGAGAUUUAUUGCACCUGUUGCUGGAUCUAUCUACUUUAGGUGGCUGGCAGCUAAAGAAACCGAUCAUGCAGAUACACUGAUCUACUCCAAUCUCUACCAUGUUCAGGAAUUAUCGAGAAAAACAGGAAAUGCUCCCUUCACACAACACGUGUGGAAAAUCUACGUUACGGACAUUCUAAAUUCAGACAAUGAACGUCUCGAGGAAAAUUGCAACAUCCUCCAAUUGGUAUUUGAUCCUGAAAACAAAGGAAAUGGCAAGGGAAUUGGGGAUAUAGAUUCAAGAUUGGGCAAACUGAAGAUCGCAACAAAUCCACAUGUUCAAGAAUUGAGAAUUCUCUUCAGAGAUGACUCUCUCGUACUCCUUCCCAGUGAUAUUACAGGACCUCAGAGACAACUCUAUCUUGUCCUCUUUGAUUCCAAUAACCCAGAAAAUUUCCUAGCUUGUGCAAAAAUUCGUCAUGUGAAGCCAAAGAAAUUAAAAGCUUUCAUCAAUGGUGGAGGCAUUAAAGGUGAAAUUACAAUUAGCCAGCGCUCUCGUUUCGAUCCCACUUGGCUCAAUUUCUCAAUGUCAGCCGCCAGCAAUGACUUGGAAUCUAAUCUUCUCUAUGCAAGAAAUGUUGCCAGCUUCAAAAUAACAACACUUCCGCCCACCCCGAUUGGUACAAAUCAAUCAACAUUCUGCGCCAGCGGUGGUUCCGUCUACAAUCCACUCAAUUUAGACCUCAGCAUCCUCCCGCCACCGGGUUUUGGUACCCAAGAGCAGUACCCCGUGGGUGAUUUGACGGGAAAACUCCAAAAUCGAAGUCGUCAAGAGGAACACACUUUCUAUAUUCCUGGAGCAAGUUCUGAGCUCAGUGGAACCUACUGGGAUGUUUUCCUACCUCUCGAAGGUCCCUACAGUAUUGGGCACAGAGGAUUGAGCGUGCAAAAGUUCAAUCGAUCCCAACCAAGCAACAUUACUGAGGACAUUUGGACAUGCAGCUUCCUUACAUUUUAUCAUCCUAUGCGGGACAAGGCUCCUCUUCCCAUGACUACUGCUCAAAUUCUCUUCAACUAUCCCAUUGUGGGUAGAGUUCUCAUGAGACAAGCCCAAGAUGAUCCAUCUGAAGAUACGGUCAUCUUAUUUGAAUACCUCAUCCAUGCUGAUGGUUCAGCACUCAACAAUUCAAUGGGUCAUAGGUGGGCCAUUCACGAACAGCCUCCGGGAAAAGAUUUUUACAAUUGGACAGGAAGAUGCUUGAGCACGGGAAAUAUCUACAAUCCGUACAAGGUGAACUUUAACGAGAAGACACCAGAGCAGACGUGUACAGGAAGACCAGGCAGUGUAUGCCGACUGGGUGACUUAUGGAAUCGUCUGGGCACUCUCAAGAUAGCAGGGAGUGUCGCGGAAGCCCAAACAUUCAGCCGGAUGUUGUUCAUCGAUCGAAAUCUUCCUCUUUCGGGACUCAAUAAUAUUAUGGGAAAAAGUCUUGUUAUCUAUGAUGAUUUUGGGCCAAAAGCCAGAGGGGAUCGUCUUGCGUGCUCAAAAAUUGGAAGUCAAUUUCGACGGAAGGCAGUUGCACGCGAUUGGUAUUCAAAUGGCGAACUAUUAUCUGUUGCUGGGAAAUUGGAAAUGAUACAACAAUCGGAGUACGAUGUUACUGGACUCAUAGUAGAGCUUAAGGGUUUAAGUGAGAAUAGCGGAUAUCAUGUUCACAUGACUCCCGUUGAGAGUGAUUUGGAAUUCCCAUGUGAGGAUUCAACGCUAUACGGACAUUGGAAUCCACGAGGUGUUGAUCCAAAACAAUCUCCAAAACCUGCCAAAGGAAGUACAGAUCAGUAUGAAAUGGGUGAUCUUAGUGGAAAAUUCGGUACCCUUGACGAUUUGUAUCAGAAGAGUAGCUUCUACAACGACACUUUGCUACCACUAUUUGGCUAUGAAAGUGUAAUUGGACGAUCAAUUGUAAUUCAUAAGAAAGAGAAAAAUCUUCGGUGGGCUUGCAGUACAAUUGAGAGAGGGUAUAGCCCAUCGGAAGCUCGUGAAAUUCGAGCUAUUGCUUCAUUCCAUCAUCCAGCAGGAUAUGCUUAUGGGUACAUUAGGCUAACGCAACUUAUCAGUACAGAUGGCAGUCAGAGUGAUUCAAUAAUCGAGACAAAUCUUCAGUAUCCUGGCAAAAAUGAUCGAAAUGUUUCCUACAACCACAACUGGCAGGUUUAUGUUAACCCCGUUGGAGUGGAUGCAGCAGUUCAGCAAGUUACAACGCGAUGUGUUGCUGGGGGAUAUGUUUGGAAUCCAUACUACACCCAACUUGCCGAUCCACUCAAUGCUGAGCUUUAUCGUCAGGAAUGCGGACCAAAUAAUCCCCUUCGGUGCUAUGUGGGAGACAUUUCUGCUCGACUUGGUCCCAUUGAUAUUGGAAAUCGUCGGCAGGUUUUCACAGAUCCCAAUCUACCGCUCGAAGGAACUGAAUCAGCCGUUGGGCGCUCUAUUGUUAUAUUUGGCGCCAAUUUCAGCCAAGAUCGCUUUGCAUGCGCCAACAUUGAACCAGAUCAUGACAUUGUGAAGUUCAUAAAUAUUCAGAAACCACCUAGAUUUGUCGUAGCGCAAUUCCUGGAGGAUGUGCGCCACGUAAUGGGUGUUCCCAAAUGGAUGUUGUCAAUUGAUUCACGAAAAACCAAAACCCUUCACAGUGGUGCCUGUGUGCAAAUGAUUAUCCACUUCAAGGGACCGGAAGCACAUAAAUUAGAGCAAGAUUUUUCGAGAUUGAUUGGUUCUGGGCGUCUCGAUGCACCGAGUAUUUAUAUUCCAGGAUUUGUUAAUACAAGACGGAAGAAGACCCUAUCGUACAAAGUCUGCGGUGUACGGGAUCCAAAUGAGAGAAAUGUGCGUCCUGGAAAAUUGGCAGAAAGCGGACAAGCUAGCCGGAGUGCUUCCACCAUCAUUUUACUAUUAAGUGCAAUUCUCACCUCAAUUUACAGUAUUAGUUAGAGUUGGAGUAGAUGGUUUGAUAUAUUGAUGUGAUAGAAUAAAGAAUUUAAGGUAAAAAUAAA